AUGACUCGGAGUUAAUGAAUGUUACACAAACGAUCAUCUUCCCGACACACACACACCAGUCAUGGCAACUAAACAAUGCUGUGGAUGUAUUGGAUCGAUAACCAGAAAUGGCCUCUCAAGCAGAAUCGCAUCUCGUCAAAUACGAAUUGCAUCUAGGCCAUUGCUCAAUACAUCUCGUUCCCUUACUACAACUCAGCACACUGUCACAUCCAACACACCUUCCAUGCCAUCUGUCAAUGGGCAAGCUAUACCAUCAACCUCAUCAUCUUACAAACCCACACCUGCAACACUCCCACAAGCACCUUUCCCAAUCUUCACAACCGUUGCCGAUUUCAGAAAAUGGCGGAAAGAACAAAUGAAACAAGACAAAAGCGUCGGAUUCGUACCAACGAUGGGAGCAUUACACGAAGGACAUUUAGCCUUGGUAAAAGAAUCAUUAAGAGAAAAUGAUGAAACUGUGGUUUCAAUCUUUGUUAACCCAGCACAAUUUGCUCCAACGGAAGAUCUUUCAAGUUAUCCACGUACGAUGGAAAGUGAUAUCGCUGCUUUGAAUAGAUUGGCUUCUACAAUGUCAAAUCAUAAACAAAUUUCGGCAAUCUUUGCGCCUACCGUACCGGAAAUGUAUCCAAGUCCAGAUGGUAAACCGUUUACGCAAGUUGUAUCUGAUCAAAUUGGAGCAUUUGUUGAAGUAGCGGGAUUACAGCACAAAAUGGAAGGUUCUUCCCGACCAACGUUCUUUCGUGGUGUAGCAACAGUUGUAACGAAAUUGUUUCACAUCGUUCAACCUGAUCAAGCGUAUUUUGGUCAAAAAGAUAUUCAACAAGCAAUAUUACUACGAAGACUCGUUUCUGACCUUUUGUUCGCUCAUCCUCCUUCACCUGAAGCAUUGCGGAUCAUGCCAACGACUAGAGAUCCGAUUGAUGGAUUAGCAUUGAGUAGCAGGAAUGCCUACCUUACACAAAGAGCAAGACCACAUGCUAAUAUUCUAUAUAGAGCCUUGUGUGCCGGACAGAAGGCGUGGGAUGAAAAUCCAGGUGAUAUUCAAGCAACCCUUCAAGCCGCACGACAAAAAGCCAAACAGAUUGCAGAAGAAGCGGAUAAAGAUGGAAUCGAUUUGGAUAUCUUGUACAUUGAUUUGAACGAUCCGGUAGAUUUGGACAAUUUAGAGAAUAGAAGGGGUAAAUCAAUCAUUGACCCUCAAACAAUCAGCCAGAGGGGCGCAAUCUUAUCGGGAGCUGCUUUGAUCAAAGAAGGUCGCAACGGAAGGGUGACCAGAUUGAUUGAUAAUUUCUUGUUAGGAUUCAAACUUUAGUUUUUUCGUCGCAUGGAAACCUUCACUUUGUACUAUAUAUAAUCGCAAUGCAAUCACUAUCAGAUCAUACUGAUGACAAUAUAAUUUCAUGCGGUA